GCCCUGCGCACAAGGAACGGCGGAAUCGAUCCGACAAGAGAAACUGGAAACGGACCGGAACAUUUCGUUAUCAUUACGGUAUAGAAAUGGCGGCAGAGAACAUAUUUCUGUUCAUCCCAAACAUCAUCGGAUAUGCGAGAAUCGUCUUGGCAAUCAUCUCCUUCUAUUACAUGGCAACCGAAUGGUCUGUGGCUGUUGUCUGCUAUGUGAUCUCUGGUCUACUGGACGCAUUGGACGGACACGCCGCACGGUACUUCAAUCAGAGCACUAAGUUUGGUGCCAUCUUGGAUCAGUUGACUGACCGCUGCGGCACCACUUGCCUGUUGGUCACUUUGAGCUACUUCUAUCCCAAGUACAUGUUCUUCUUUCAGCUGAGCAUCGCCAUUGAUAUCUCUUGUCAUUGGAUAUACCUCCACUCUUCGUUGCUGCAAGGGAAGACAAGUCAUAAGUUUAUUGACCUAGGGGAAAAUCCGAUCAUGAGUGUCUACUAUACAUCUAGACCGGUUUUGUUCUUUAUGUGCUUCGGGAAUGAGGCAUUUUUUGCUGCUCUGUAUGCAAUGCACUUUGCCGAAGGCCCGAUUAUCGCUGGGAUGGGGUUGUUCCGACUGAUAUGCUACCUGGCAGCCCCAGUGAUGGCUGUAAAAACGGCAAUCUCUUUAGUCCAUGGGUAUGUCGCGUGCUGCAACAUCGCUACCAUUGAUGUGAAGGAACGAGAAGCACUCAAGCAAAAAUAAGUAUGAUCAAUAACACUUCCUUCCACUUCUGAUUGCAUUGUAUUUAUGUAUUGUGUUCCUUGGACAAGUUGUUUGUUAUCUUUCUUGAAUCCAUUUUUCCACUAAAUUAAAUCAGUUUAGAUUAAUUAAUUAAACUUAAGAAAGUUUUAGAAUCAAUGCUCAGGAGUGAAAAAUCGUUCUAAUCCAUUUGGUUUAUGUACUAAAAAUAGCAACAUUGUACAAUUACAAAAUAUUAUAAACUCAGAUAUCAACUAUUUUAUUUUUAUUCACAGAUAAAUUAGAGGUUAAAGUGGAAUCUUAUUUUAUCUAAAGUAUAUGUAGAUUUCACCCAUGAUCUUUUCGGCCAAAGGAAACCUCCUCAGAUCUUUUUUUAGAUCAACAUUGCUUGCUUUUCUAGUAAAAAAUAAAGAGGUAUUAAUAUAUUUCAAUUAUUAAAAACCUUGUAAUGUUUUUUACCUGUUAGGAAAGAUUUAAAAGUCCCACAGAAAGUCCUAGCCAAGCUAUGAUGAUAUGACAUAAUCGACAUAAAAACGUUUUAAAGUAUUUCACAGGAAAUAUGUUUCUCUGUCAAGUAGAAAGGUUUCUUAGCUGUUACGGGAAUAUAGGAACUCUUGAAGUAGUAUUAUUGUUGUAUUUGAUGUUAAGUGUAUUAUUCAAUUUACUGUUAUAGUCUAUAGAUAUUAAAACAUUGUGCUAUAUUUUGGUAUUAUUUUAGGAAAACAUUGUAUUUUUACAUAUUUUUGUGUUAAUGCUUUAACACUAAUAUAAGGCUAUCAUUUUAGUAAAUCCUGCUCAAUCACUGUUAAAAGGUUAUUGUUUAAAUCAAUUAAUGACUACUGAAUUAAAUAGCAAUUACUGCCUUGUUUCAGUUUGUUUUACAUUUUGAAAAAUUGUAGGUUAUCAAAAUAGUUUAAUAUCACAUUAUUCAAUAUCGUGACCAUUAUAUGAGUGUUAAUAUUGUAAAUAUUAUCUUUACCUUUUUUUGUUUUCAUAUUACUGUAAUUAUCAUUGUUCUUAUUUUUUAUGUCAUAAAAAUCAUCACCACACAGACGUAUAAAUAUUUGGCAUUCCAUGAAUUUAAUGUAAUAGCAUUUACAAGAAUAUUUAUAAUGUAAUUUUAUAUUACAAGUUAAUAUUAUAUUUUAUUUUCAGACUUAUCCCUUAUAAUAAAGAAAUCCCCAAUGUUUUACAUUCCAAUAAAAGUGUUAAUACGGUAUGUCAAUAAUUUUUAUUUGAAUUAUCAAAAUUUUAAUAUGUCACCAAGGAAUAAGUUUGAUAUAUAUGUUAGAUCAGUAAUGUGUAAUUAUUCUUAAAUUUUUUGGUAUGGAUUUGAAUAAAAAUUAAUUUUACAAAUGAA